AUGGCUCAUUUUGGCAAGGAUUUGGAUGAUUUUAAAAGCUCAAGAUGUGUUCAUAUAAGAUCUGCAGAACAAACAGAGCAUUUUACGGUAUACAUUAUAACAGUAACCGUGGGAGCAUACACAUGGACUGUCAAACAUCGUUACAGUGAAUUCUAUGAUCUCCACGAAAAGCUGACAGUUAGCCACAAACUGGACAGAAGUCUGCUGCCGCCUAAGAAGAUCUUUGGGAAUCAAACUGAAUCAUUCAUAAAAAAGCGCCAGCGGGAGUUGGAGAUAUAUUUACAGACUGUCAUCAUGUUUCUUGCGCAGCGCAUUCCAUCUUGUCUGGCAUACUUCCUUGAUUUUGAUAAAUAUGAAAUUCACGGAAUCACUCAGGCUAUGGCAGAAGAUCUGUACAGCAGAGGAGAAAUCUUAUUGCAGUCUCGAGAACAAUAUGAAGUCAGCACCUUACAGUUAUACUCACUGAAAGAAAGACUGAAGCUUCCAGAACCAACAUGUGACAGUGGAGAUGUGAAGAAAGACCUGGGGCACAUUUUAGACUUCAUAACCAGAGCCAAACAUUUGAAGGUGAUAUGCAGCAAGGAACCAGUGGGCACAAGCAAUAUUAUGAUGAGCAAACUUCCAUUUGAUCUGACCCUGUUUAAAUCAUUACAGACGUUGGAGAUCAAUGGAUGUAAUUUCCGAUUAGCAUAUGGACUGGAAACUGUCAAGCAGACAGCAGUGAAGCUUGAAGUGCAUGAAUCCACAUCUUCCAUGAAGGAGAUUUUGCUCCAAGAUGCUCCUCACUGGAGAGCAGAAGAUGGCUCUGUCAUUGUCGACCCAUGGAAUUUUAUCACAGAACUGAAUCUCAAUGGCAAUUCAUUUUCAGAAAUCCAUGAGAGCAUUCAACUGAUUCCCAAUGUAGAGAAACUGAACCUGAGUCACAAUUCGAUUGAAAGCAUCCAGAAUCUCCAGUGGCUGUGCGCGCUGACCCAUGUGGACCUCAGCCACAACAACAUUCGUCAUGCAGACUCCUUGCACACAAAAAUGGGCAACAUUAAAUGUAUACGGCUGGCACACAAUGAGCUGGAGAGCUUGCAUGGAUUUGCUAAAUUGUUCUCACUGCAGAUUUUGGAUGUCUCAUUCAACAAAAUUGCUACAAUAGAGGACUUGAAAUAUGUGAGUCAGUUGCCUUGCCUGGAAGAACUCUCGCUAGAAGGCAACCCGGUGAUGUCUUCGCUGGAUUAUCGCACCAAAACUCUUCAGAUGUUUGGAGAUAGAGUCCAGGAGGUGUUUCUAGACCACAACCUCCUUCUGGAUCAUAAACAGCUGGAUACCGUGGCAGUACUGCAGGCUUUGCAGAAAGCUAAGGAUGUGGAAGUCACCAAGAAACUAAGGAUGCAAAUGUUCACUAAAGAAAUUUCAACACAAGAAAGUUUGUACAAGUUUAUGUCAUGCAUUAAGAACAGUUCAAGCAAAGAAGUUUGUACACAAACACAAACUGCCAUUGUCAA